AGACACAGAGGAUCCACUCGAUCUGAGGGGAGCAGCAGGAGAACCAGGCAUAAAGCUGGUGAUUAGCACCCACGCUGGGAGCCUGGAGCCCACCUCUGUGCCAGGACAGAGAGACCCAGGCUCAUUUUCAGGAGUCCACGUGGGAGUUGUUCUGUGUCACCACACCUGGGGACCACCAUGUCGGAGCUGGAAUCCCUGCUGCACAGCUUCCUCAGGGUGCAGCCCAGUGUCUUUGGGGCGGUGCUAGUGGUGGUGGGGCUGCUUCAGGUGGCAUUCGGAACCAUCUUCGUCAUCGACAACUGCACUUACACAGAUGGUGUCGGCAUCCACUUCUUCCCAGGAAUCCUGUUAUCCUUGGCUGGCAUCAUUGCCAUCGCUGCUGACAGAGCACCUAGCAUGGCCCUGAUGAAGGCCUGUCUGGUGAUUCAGAUCAUUGCUGCAGCUGUUGUCAUGGUGAUCAACUUCCUCUACCUGAGGGACCUGCUCUCCUAUCUCAGUUUUGCCUGUGAUCUCCAGGACCAGCUCCAGAACUGCCGUGUGCACGAUCAGAUCCUGAUCUACUGCACAGGCAUGCGGGGCAUUGCACUGUUCACAGCAACUCUGGGGUUGUGCCUCACUGUUUCCCUGGCAGCAUUUGGAUGCAAAGCUGUCUGUUACCAGAACUCUGAAGAUGAUGUGCCCAUUGUUGCCCUUAGCUCUCAUGAGGUAAAAGCAGAUCCUGAAUGAGAAGGGUGCUCUUCGUGCCACCAGCCUGAGUGACACCACCAGACAGCUCCCUCAUGGAGAUGCCAGUGGUACCCCUGCCCCGAGCAAGUGCUGCUUCACUUG